AUGGCUAUGUUGAAGUAUUUGCUUACAACAGCGUCCGUGUUCAUCUCUCUUUUGGUUCCGGGCAUGCGCGGUGACGACAUGACGACUUGGUUUACUGGUGCACAUGCGUCGUUGUACGGCGACAUGCAGGGCAGAGGAACCAUGGAGGGGGGAUGCGGAUAUGGUGAUCUCAAUAAACGAGAAUAUAACCUGCAGACAGCAGCUCUCAGCGAAGCACUAUUCAACGACGGCCUUGCUUGUGGCGCUUGUUUCGCCAUCAUGUGUGUCGAUGAUACGAAAGGGUGCAAACCCAGUGCUGGUUCUGCGGUAGUUACUGCAACCGAUUAUUGCCCCCCAAUUUAUACUAAGCCUCCCAAUGGAACCAACAACUGGUGCAACCCACCAUUGAAACACUUCAAGUUAAGCAUGCCAAUGUUCACAAGAAUCGCAGAAGAAAAGGUUGGGGUGGUACCGGUUGUAUAUCGCAGAGUCCCGUGUGCUAAGGAGGGAGGGGUUAAGUUCCAAUUAUUCAAGGGAAACUCUAAUUUGAUGCGUGUGUUAUUGUACAAUGUCGCCGGUGCUGGUGAUGUUUCUAAUGUCAAAAUUAAGGGCUCUGUUAUUUCCGGUUGGCUUCAGAUGUCACGAAUUCAGGGACAAACUUGGGAGACUGGAACUGACUUACAAGGCCAAAGCUUGUCGUUCCAAGUUACUACUAGUGAUGGAAAGAUGGUAGAGUUUGAUAAUGUUGUUGACAAAACUUGGCAAUUCGGUGAGACCUUUGAUGGGAUCAAGAAUUUUUAGUGCACCACCUACAUGACAGUGUGACUGUGUUUUUCGAUCAAUUCAAAUUAACUUUUACCUGUCAAUUUGAACCAAAUCGGUUACAGGAUAUAAAGGUGAGUAAGUGAAAGUUGAUGCCCAAUCACUCUAAGCGGGAGCAACACAUACA